AUGGCAGUCAUAAGGGAGACUAGGUUUAAUGGAACAGUUCCUACAUUAUCGUUAAAUAGCCCAUCGAAGUCUACAGAAGCCGAAGAUGUUGAUCCAAGGCACGACGAGCUUCACAACAUUCAAAGUAUGAUUCGUCUGACCCGCGAAAAUAUCGACGCACUCAACGCAAAAUUCGCAGGUUUUCAGCAUCCUCCGUCAAUGUAUCUGACAGAGUACCAAGAAUUGACCAGCAAACUUUACGAGUUCCAAGCAAAAGAACACGAAUUAAUCGAACAACUUAGUAAUGGACGUGAAAGCCCGCAGGAUAUAAGUGAACGUAGUGGUUUCAGUAACAAUAACAGUGGUUGUGGUGGUGACAGUUCUCCAAAACUAGUACCAAGAUCUCCUCUUAAGUCAGUGGUGCGUGCCCAUCUACCUAAUCAGCAGAGAACAACAGUGCAAGUGAGACCAGGCCAAACUCUUAGGGAAGCAUUGGCGAAAGCGUUAAAACUACGUAAGCUCACUCCCGAAAUGUGCGUAGUGUACAGAGGUCAAAGUAAGAUUUCCAUUCCAUGGGAGGCAGACAUAUCCUCAUUGGAGGGCGAAGAAAUCACCGUUGAAAUUCUAGACAGGUUUUCAAUUACGACAAGUAUAUCUCACAAUUUUGUAAGGAAAACGUUUUUUUCUCUGGCAUUUUGUGAGUGUUGUACACGCUUGCUGUUCCAAGGAUUUUACUGCAGGACUUGUGGUUACCGCUUUCAUCAGCGAUGCGCUACUGGUGUUCCAGCAUUGUGUCAACAGGUGCGCAUGCAGGACACGUACUACCGCAUCUUACUAGCCCAGAAUCCUGUGACAUCUGCUGGCAUUUUGCAGACUUCAUCAGAUUUUGGUUCUUCGCAUGUGUCAACACACUCCCAACGCCAGUCAGUGCCUCGUCGUCACCCUCCAGCAUUGGGUGCUCGAGAGAGAUCCAGCUCAGCCCCCAACGUUUGUUACAAUCUUGUGGGUCAUGGUGUGGAAGGUCCAUUGCUGGAUGAGUUUGCAGGUCGUGUGGCACGGUCGGCAGUGGGUAUUCACCAAGGCCUCGGAGGCACCAGUGGACAAGGUGCUACAUGCAGUCCUGGUGGCAGUCCAACAAAGCCAUCCCACAGCCAGAGUGCCCAGGCUUCUCCAACAAAUACUCUUCGACCAUGGAGACCACGUGCACGUUCUGCCGACGAGAGUGGUAACAAGGUGAGACCUCCACGAGAAUCAAUAGAGGAUUGGGAGAUUCCUGCGGACGAGAUUCUCAUUGGUCCUCGGAUUGGUUCGGGUUCCUUUGGAACUGUAUACAAGGGACAUUGGCAUGGUCCAGUUGCUGUGAAGACACUCAAUGUGAAAGAUCCCACACCUACACAACUACAGGCUUUCAAGAACGAGGUGGCUGUCCUGCGGAAGACUCGACAUGUAAACAUCCUACUUUUUAUGGGUUGUGUGAGCAAGCCACAGCUGGCAAUAGUUACCCAGUGGUGUGAAGGUUCCAGUUUGUACAAACAUUUACAUGUGAUAGAAACAAAGUUUGAGUUAUUGACUCUUAUUGAAAUUGGGAGGCAAACUGCGCAGGGUAUGGACUACCUCCAUGCAAAAAACAUUAUACACAGAGACUUGAAGAGCAACAAUAUAUUCCUUCAUGAUGAUCUCACAGUUAAAAUAGGUGAUUUUGGACUGGCCACCGUCAAAACAAGGUGGUCUGGAUCACAACAGUUCCAACAGCCCUCAGGUUCUAUUUUGUGGAUGGCACCUGAAGUUAUCAGAAUGCAAGAAGAUAGCCCUUAUAGUUUCCAGUCUGAUGUCUAUGCCUUUGGUAUUGUGCUGUAUGAACUGUUGGCUGGUCAGUUGCCAUACUCUAACAUAAAUAACAAAGAUCAAAUUUUGUUCAUGGUUGGUAGGGGCUAUUUGCGACCUGAUCUCAAUAACUUGCGAUCUGAUACUCCUAAAGCACUUCGUAGGCUUACAGAGGACUGUAUCAAAUUGAACAGGGAUGAACGUCCUCUAUUUAGACAGAUUCUUGCUUCAUUAGAAAGUGCUCUUCAGUCAUUACCAAAAAUACACAGAUCAGCAUCAGAACCUACCCUGAACCGUACUCAGCUUCAGUCAGAUGACUUUUUGUAUAUGUGUGCCUCUCCUAAGACCCCGAUCAAUUCUCAAUUUGGAGCUUUUCCAUUUUCUGUUGGUGGUAUCAUUUAAUUGUCUUUGACUGUAGUAAAUUUCUUUUCCU